AUUUUGACAACAGUACGGUGUCAGAGAGCACGGGCGGAAAAUUCAAGGAUUUCAGGGAUGUUGCUGAGUUAGUCCUUGGUGUUCUAUGUGUGGUGCUGAUUCCUUGUAUAUGCUUCGGAAACUUCUUGGUGCUCAUCUCACUGGUGAAGUUUCGACGGUUACGUACCAUUACCUACACCUUGGUUGGGAGCUUAUCUGUUGCUGAUUCUCUACUAGCAGUCCUCACACUUCCAAUUUAUUCCAUGUUUUAUUUCAAUUUAACAUUUGUGCAAUCUGUAAAGUAUUUAUGUCUAUUCAAGUUUUCCUCUGUCUGCGCUUCAAUGAGUGCAUCACUCAUCAACCUGGUUGCCAUUGGUUUCGACAGGUAUAUUGCCAUUUUGCAUCCACUCAAGUACAAGGUGAUAUUGACUCACAAGAGAGUCAGGAUUUUCAUCAUAUGUAUGUGGAUCUACCUCGUGCCUGUGUGUGCUCUACCUCUUGUGUGGAAUUAUUAUGAUGACAUAAAGAUGUGUGACUACUUCAAAAUUCUACCACUUCCCUACACCCUAUACGCUGCAUUCUUCUCGAUUGCAAUCAGCCUGAUGAUAUCCCUCUAUCUGUACAUCAGAAUAUUUCUUGUUGCCCGGCAACAGCAGAAGCAGAUACGUAAGGACAGUUUACGAGGAAACAAUGCAAGGGAUCCGCAGAUGGAAAAGGACACCAAGUCUGCAAAAGUUAUGGCCCUUGUUCUGUUCUUGUUUUAUAUAUUCUGGGUACCCUUUACCAUAAUAGGACCAAUCAAAUACAGUGUUAAAAUAGAUAAUGACUUGGCUGAAACGAUGAAGAACAUAACACUAUUCCUGGCCAUGAGCAACUCCAUGAUAAAUCCUAUCAUAUACUGUUGGCUCCGUAGGGACUUCCGAGAGGCUUUCUGUGCCAUUUGUUUCCAUUCAUGUAGUUAUAGUUCAAGAGAACACCAGAAUGAACAUCAUGGAAAUUCACUACUAUUUAACAGUAUCAGUACAGAGCAUAAAGAGGAUGUUAAACCAAACAUGACAUUGUGAUAGACCAAACCAACUAUGGCCAUGUGACAAGCCAAUUAGAUAACUGUCUUGUGACACACUAAACCAAUCUGGCCAGUGACAGCUAAACAAAUCUUGGCCGUGAGACAGAUCAAAACAAGAGGCCAAAUGGGCCUGCAUUCCUCACCAGGUAUUCAAUUUUCGUUGAAAACAGAAUCGGUGUUAAAACCACAAAUAUAAUGACAUAUACACAAUUAGCUUUCAAAGUUGGCACAUCCAAUCAACUUUAACCAAUUUUCAUAAUCCGCUCUAUAACAGUUAUAAUCUCAAUUUAAUGUCAUUUAUAUUUUCUUUUUUUAAAUUUAUCGGGCUAUUACCUAGAAACAUCUUUAUCCUAGGAACCUCUCAGUCAAAUACUUGUGUACCAAGUGGUUAGUCAGAAGAAGUUGUUUACUUUUUUAAAAAUAAAUUUGACCCCUGUGACCUAGAAUAAUAUAUAUAAAGGUAAUUUCUUCCCACAAA